GGGGCCCCGCAGCUCCUGGGGGACCGGCGGGUGCUGCAGAACCUGCUGAGCCAGGAGGAGCGUUACAGUCCCCACGCUUCCUACUUCCACUGCGUGCAGAAGGAGAUCAAGCCCCACAUGCGGAAGAUGCUGGCUUUUUGGAUGCUCGAGGUGUGUGAGGAGCAGAAGUGCGAAGAAGAGGUCUUCCCCUUGGCCAUGAAUUAUGUGGAUCGCUACCUGUCUUCAGUGCCCAUGCGAAAAAGUCACUUGCAGCUUCUGGGAGCUGUCUGCAUGCUCCUGGCUUCCAAGCUGCGUGAGACCAUGCCCCUGACAGUGGAGAAACUCUGCAUUUACACAGACAACUCCAUCACACCUCAGCAGCUCCUGGACUGGGAGGUUCUAGUCCUGGGGAAACUAAAGUGGGACCUAGUGUCGGUGAUAGCAAAUGAUUUCUUGGCUCACAUCCUCCAUCACCUCCCACUGCCAAAGGACAAGAUGGAGCUGGUGAAGAAACACGCACAGACCUUUAUUGCCUUGUGUGCCACAGAUUACACUUUUGCUAUAUACCCGCCGUCCAUGAUUGCAACAGGCAGUAUUGGAGCAGCGAUGCACGGCCUGACGGUCUCUGUUAAUGAUUUCACCGGAGAGGCGAUCACCGAGCUGCUGGCCAGCAUUACUGGCACGGAGGUGGACUGCCUGAAAGGCUGUCAGGAGCAGAUUGAGGCAGCCUUAGCCGAGAGCCUGAAACAGGUGUCCCAAAGCCAACAGGAAUACAGAGCCACCAAGACUGCUGCUUACUCGGCCAGCCAACCCACCAGCACACCUACAGAUGUCACAGACAUCAACCUGUGACCAGCCUCCCCUUCCCGAGAGCUGCCCAGCCCCAUGAGAACAGGACCUUGCCCUGGACACCAAAAAGUCUUUGGCUUCCACCUACCCAUCCAUUAACCCCAUCCAUUUGAAGCCAGCUGAGGAUUUGUUCUUCUUGCUAGGUGCACAGAGAGAGGGCUCUGUGCUUGUCCAUCUCCACUCCUGUAACACUGGAGAGGGACAGCAGGAAGGUGUUUGGGGAACCCUCACAAGUAGCCAUCAAAGUAAGUGCAGGAGGCCAGUUGGCAGAGCUCACUGCCUGCACUACUUGCUGGUUUCUGCAGGUGGCAGGGGACUUUUUCAUGGUGGUGGGACUCGAGAAUAGCUGGGGAGGGGGUGCAGAAUCCAAAAUGAAGUUGUAAAAAGUUUCUCAGUUCGCAUUCCUCUUAGCCCGGGUGGCUGCUGUUUGCUGUCUCCUCGGUACUGUUACCGUGACCAUGUCCAGCCCUGCAUGGGCCAUCAAACAGGUAUAGGGAGCCUUUUAUCUCGGCUUAUGCACUGCAAUGUCUGUAACCCCCCCACCUCCUUCUCCCAGGCCAUUUCUUGUUGCCAUUAGCGUUGGGGUUUGCGGGUUUUUGGCUUGCUUUGGGGAAGUGCUCCCUGUCUGUGUGGACAGUAGAAGAGAAGUUCUCGCCUCAGGGAGCAGCCUCUCGCGUGAGGUUUGGGCACAGCACAUGCAGCAGGGACAGUGCAGCUCUGGAGCGCAAACCACUGCAAAUGGCCUUGGCUUUCCGCUGCCCCACUGAGGCUGCUUAAUUUAUUGUUAACUGCUAAGAAAUAGGGAGGGAGGAAGACCUGCAUUUUCUUGCUGUGGGGCCUGGAUGCUGGUUUCCUCUCCUUCCAAAAGAGUGCCUUGAUCGCCUUUUGUCCCCUUCCUUAGCUUCCUGGGCAAUAGGGACUCUCAUUUGGAAGCUGGUUGGUUUUUAGGUAGCUCAGACAUCAGACUUGAUUUUAAGAAAUACAUUUGAAUGUGCUGCUAUCAUCUGAAACGCAUCUUCGCUUCUCCAAGGCAGGGAUCUCAGAUCACGUUGAGGAGGGUGCUAUUUUGCAUAUCCAUGUGGGUUUGAGUUGUAGCCUCGUAGGGUGGAAAAUCUGCUGCGCAAUUCAGUUGAAAAGUGAUUGCAUUUUUGUUGCGUCGUUGUUGAUCUUGUCUGUUAGUUUUUAUAAAAAGUGGUUUUAAAAAAAAAAUGCUGCUUUUCUGAGAGAACCAUUAAAUUGUAGUAUUGUAUUAACGAAGAGAAGCCAGCGAGACUCUGCAGGGAUGGGAGGCAGACUAUUGCUGCUUGAUGACCUCUGGACACAUGGAUCUGUAGCUGUUGUCCUCCUGUGGGGGAUGUGGAAAAGGACGUGGAAAUAUUCCUUUUUGGAUGCCACUGGAAACAAAAGUCUUAUCUAGUGGAGAAAGCUGGGGCUGCUCUUUUUCCACUAGCAUGAUUUGUCAAAAAGCCAUCUGCCACUGACUCCUGCUAGCGGGAAGGGUAGGGGGGAGUGCAGAGCCUGUCUGUACAAAAGGAAACAAAUUAUAUAUAUAUAUAAAUGAAUUUUUAAUUUAAGAGUAAACAUGGUUUGGUGUUCACAUGCAAGAGUCCCACUGCUGGGAGAAUCAGAGGGUGAUAUGAUGCAAUAAAGUAUUUUAAACAAAUAUUUAUGCAUCGAGGUUUUUGCUUUGAAAGUUGCUCUGUGUUGUGCCUGGGGCAGCCCAGGUACAGGGAAGACUCCUGCUUUCCUGCUCCUAUGCAGAGCUGCUGUCUCUGCCCCGGGGGUGCUCUCAGGUGGGAUAUGUCAGCUGCAGGAAGCAGCCUGGGCAGGCUGGUCCUGAAGGCCUCCAGCCUGGCCUUUCCCAAGCUACAGGAGCAGGGUGAAGUGGGAACGAGCAGGCAGGGGGGGUGGUGGUGGUGGUGGUGUAAGAGCUUGAGAAGGGCUGCGGGAGAGAAGGAAGCAGUGGAAAUGUCAGUCAGAACCCCAAGCAAGGCUGUGAAGAGCAGAGCAACAGUGAGGGAGCUGAGAAGAUGCCAUCAGCCAGCCUCAGCACUGUUGAGAUGUGGAGGUGAGCAAACCAAAGGAUAUGCUACAGCACCUGCCAGACUUAGCGAGGCCUUGGCUCUGCGCCUCUGAGAUAGGCAUUGCUCGCGCUUUCUCACAGGGCUGCUGAAGCCCUGGUGCAGUUUGCAGAUGGUGGUGGAUGAAUGUGAAAAAGGCCCAGACACAAACAGCGCUGCACUGAACACCUUCCUGUGGGCAAGGCGCCUGCGUGCGCAGCGCAGGCCUCGCAGCUGCUGGAGGGGAGCUGGUGCCUUCACACCCCCCCGGUGCCUUUGAAGCCUCCCUCUACACAUCGACACGGUGCAACCACGCUGGCUGCGGUGCAGGAUGGCAAGAGCAGGCUGGAUGUGCUGUGCGAGAGCCCAGGAUAUCUCUCUCGCACAUCAGAUUCUGGCUUUGUUAAAGGAGAUAAAAUCAGGAAGCUGGGGAAAAGGCACGGUGCACUGUGGUGUGCAAGCAGCCCACAGCAGCUGGGCUUUGUAUGCUGCUUUCUUUCACGUGGCUUCUGCUCCUGCUGUAGCUCGGUUGUCAAGGAAGAAGGUGCCAGCUCUUGGGAGAAGCAAAGCUGAGAGGCCAUUUUUCAGCACAGGCAAGGUACUGCUGCAACAGGGAGCUGCAGGGGCUUUUCUACCUGGGUCUUCUCAGCAGGACUUUGUGCUGGUUUCAGGGGCAAGGCCAGUUAUGCGCAAGCAGGUGGGCCUUGUACUGUCACAGCAUCACCUGGAGCCCUUAGCAAGUCCCCAGGUAAGUGCAGAACCUCACAGGCCAAGAGGAAGAAAAAUGCAGCUGGGUUUUCCAGUGGAUAUGAAACGUGUGUGGGCAGGCUGCUGCAAUGAGGGCAGGUACGCAGCCUCACUGGGCAGCCGAGGAAAGCGGCCCUGGAGGCUGGAGCUUUACAAACCUUGCUGAGGAGCAAACCCAGUAUGUUUCAAAAAAAAAAACCCAGCUCCUUCACUAGCAAAAGGGGCUGGCGGGCAUUUUGGAGGAGGGACGGUGGUGGGGAGAGGGAGGUCAGUGGCUGGGGAGCCAAGUUGCAGGGACAAGUCUGCAAUAGGUGCAGCCAGGGGGAGGGGGGGGGGCCAGGCCCAGGAGCAGCCAGCAAGGGACCCACUGCAGGGAGCAGUAAAGGAACUGGGGGGGAGUCAAGGCUGCCCUGUGCCCCAGCCUGCUCCCAGGCACCCUAAGAAGCAUAGCUCAUUGCUCUCUGCCAGCUGGAGGCUUUUCCCUCUGUGCUGGCCACCAUGGGGCUUUCCCUGUUGCUUUCAGUACUGCUGUGCUGCUCUUGCACUCGCCACUGCCCGGACCAUGUGCCCCGUGCCCACGCUGUCGCAGCUCAGGGCUGUAGUGCAGCCUAACAGUGGACAUGACAAAGGCAGCUCUACACCUCACUUGCCUGGUAAUAGCUGGUAAGAAAACCCUGGUACCCUUACCCUGGUAAUAGGGUAAGGAAACCCUCAAGCACUAGAAGGAGCCCUUUUUUUUUUUUUUUUAAACCCCUUAGAGCAGCUUUGACAACAGUUGAGACAUCACCACCUCACACAACGUGCACCUCUCUUACAGCCAACAAAACACGCGUGGCCUGUCCCUGCCCUGCUCAGUGCUGACCCUCUCCCCCUGCUCAAGCAGCAGCCUGGGGAACCCCCCUCACAACUCCCUGCACCUCUGCAUUUCUGCUAGCAGGUCCCAGCCCUUUCUCACCCUGCUUCCCUUGAAGAGGGAGCCACUCUCCCUUCCCUCGCCCACCGGGUUCUCGGGGCACAGUGUAGGCAGGAGUCCCCUGGGCAGCAGGGGCACAGGGAGGGGAGCGGGGAUGCACAGGGGCCCUUUUCUCCCUUCGCAGCUGGGACAGCACCUGCAGCUCUGGCACGCAGCUCUGCACGAAGCCUCCAGCUCGUGGCUUUGCUCUGCCACCUGCUGGGGACAGG